CUGAAAAUUACCUGUCAAAUUGGCCUUCCUUUUCCUGUGAUUAUCCAACGUACUUAAAAUAUUCAAGAAAAUAUUAUCAUUAUGGCAGUGAGGUUGCUCUCGAAAGUGAAAUGCCUGCCUGGGAUACAGGGAGUGGUAUACGCUAGUGGGGCGGCUGCACCAGCUCAGCUUUCAGAUUUUGAGUUACAGCAUAAGACGCCAGUAAUUCGUAAGCAGAAGAACAUCCCCAUAGCUCAGUACGGAGGCCGUCAUGCCGUCACCAUGCUCCCUGGUGGUGGAAUCGGCCCUGAAUGCAUGGGCUACGUCAGGGAAAUUUUCAAGUACAUCGGUGCCCCCAUAGACUUUGAACUUGUGAAUAUUGAUCCUAAUGUAGACAAUGAUGACGACGUCCAAUAUGCCAUCACCACCAUCAAGAGGAAUGGUGUCGGACUCAAGGGUAAUAUUGAGACUAAGAGUGAGGCAGCGUACGUAACUUCACGUAAUGUUGCGUUACGUAACGAGUUAGACAUGUACGCAUAUGUUUUGAACUGCAAAUCAUUUCCCGGAGUCAGCACCAGACACAAGGAUAUUGACAUCGUUAUUAUAAGACAGAACACAGAAGGUGAAUAUGCCAUGUUGGAACAUGAAUCUGUUAGGGGGGUGAUUGAAUCGAUGAAGGUGGUCACAGCGAGCAACUCGGAGAGAGUUGCCAGAUUCGCUUUUGAAUUUGCCAAGAGGAAUGGAAGGAAGAAGGUAACGACUGUCCACAAAGCGAAUAUCAUGAAGCUAUCAGAUGGGCUGUUCCUGGAGACAUCCCGUCGUUUGGCUCAAGAGUAUCCGGACAUAGAACAUAAUGAUAUGAUCAUUGACAACUGUUGUAUGCAACUUGUUGCCAGGCCGCACCAGUUUGAUGUUAUGUUGAUGACAAAUCUGUAUGGAUCAAUUGUCUCUAAUGUGGUUUGUGGUCUACUCGGAGGAGCUGGUUUACUCUCCGGGAGGAAUUAUGGUGACAACUACGCAGUCUUUGAACCUGGCACUAGGAAUACUGGCACAGCCAUAGCUGGCAAGAACAUUGCUAACCCAAUAGCCAUGAUAAACGCCUCGGUGGACAUGUUGGAGCACCUCGGACACCAUUAUCAUGCCGGUUUGAUCAGGAGAGCGUUGGAUAAAACCAUUAAUACCGAUAGAGUGCUCACCCCUGACUGCGGAGGAACAGCCAGUUCCAGUGAAGUGGUUGACAGCAUCAUGCAGAAUAUUGGCCGCUGCUAGGAAAAUAUCACUUGUAUGUAGUCGACUAAGGGCAUUGAAUUUAGAUCUUUCCUAACUUGUUAUUAGUCCGAAUAACUCUUAAAUGUUUUAAUAAUGUUUCUGUAUAUAUAUAUUUUUUAUUCUGUCCCACAGAAGAUUAUGUAAAAAUUGUUGGUAUCGGUCAUUUCCUGUUAUAAUCUGUAUUUGUAUUCAAUCAACAAAAGAGAUGAAAUUAUGGGUUUUAAUAGUAAUGAUGUACCGCCAAAGUGAACAAUAAAAUCAUCAUACUCAUAUAUCGGAUCGAGAUUAAUUACAGUCAUUUACUAGUAUUAUAAAAUAUUAUUUAUUGUCUUGUAUAUAACAUACUACGAACCAUGUGAUGUAUUAGUGAAUUUGUUUCAACGUCGUAAUAGUUACCAAAGUAUUGCUGUAAUGCCAUUAUUUAUUCUAUUGGUAAUAAACAGUAUCACAGAGACCAA